AUGCCCUCUCAACGCCAAAGCUGGUUCGCGCGCCACUGCACACCUGCUCCUCCCCAGACAUCGACGCCGACCUGCCCCUGUGCAAACUGCUACUCUACCUUCACCAACGCUUCGCCGGUAUCUCCUCCUCCUCCUCCUCCUCCCCGAGUCAACAGGACACAGUAUAGCCUCGGGGAGGCCACCGGCUCGACGAGACAUCUCCUCGAUGCAGACAACGCUUCACUGCAGAGCUUCACUACCACUACCCACGUCGAAAACGCGCAGUAA